AUGGAUACAAUAACGGAGAUGGCCGAUGAAGCAAAGGUUUCCGGUGCGAACCAUGAAGCCAACGACCAACAUAAAUUGAAACUGGAGAAAGAAGAUCAUGGAUGCUCGAAUCUAUCACCGCCGCCGUCAUCCGCAAGUGCCACAUUUCACCAUUCUAAUUCUAGGAGCAGUUGGGGAAGCGAGCAAUUUUCGCAGGACAAAUGUGGAGAGUAUCCCGAUGCUAGUGUGGAGGGAGCGCUUCCAAGAGCAGACCACGGCCCAUACGAGGUCUCGUUCGAUGGUGACCAAGACCCGAUGUGCCCUCGAAGCAUGCCGUUGGUGAGGAAAUGGGUGAUUGUGUUGAUUGUCUGUACCGGAACCUUAUGCGUGACUUGCACAAGCUCGAUCUACACAACUACCUAUACACAGAUGAAUCCCGAGUUUCACACAUCAACGCUCAUCUCGACCGUAGGACUGUCGUCCUUUGUCUUAGGAAUCGGUACAGGGCCUUUGCUCACUGGCCCACUGAGCGAGCACUACGGACGAAGACCCAUCUAUCUGGUCGCAUGGUCGAUGUUCCUAGUUUGGACAAUUCCGUCCGCUGUGGCGAAAAAUAUUCAGACAAUUAUUGUUUCUCGAUUCUUCAAUGGCUUUACUGGAGGCACCUUCCUUUCCGUUGCAGGAGGAACCGCUAGAGACGUAUUCUCACGGAAUCAGAUCCAAGCACCAAUGGCGCUGGUCUCAUCAGUCCCAUUCAUUGGACCCUCUUUAGGGCCUGUACUCGGUGGCUUUAUCAACUCCCACCUGGAUUGGAGGUGGACCUACUAUAUCAUGAUCAUUUGGUCCGCCGUGCUGCUCAUCUGCAUGAUAUUCUUUGCGCCAGAGACAUAUCACCCCAUCAUACUACGUACAAAGGCUAGAGCGCUUCGCCAAGAAACCGGGAACGAUCGAUAUAGAGCACCGAUGGAGAAUAACAACAAGACAUGGAGGCAGAUAAUAGUAGUCUCACUUUUGCGACCAUUCCAACUUCUCUUUCUGGAACCCAUGUGUCUAUGCUUGGAUAUCUACUCGGCCAUCUUAUUGGGCAUCUUAUACUUAUUCUUCGGCACCUUUCCGAUGGUUUUUCGAACAACAUAUAACAUGAACCUUUGGCAGGGUGGACUGACAUUUGUGGGAAUUAUAAUGGGGAUGGUUAUCGCUGCCGCUACAACUCCGAUCUGGUCCAACAUUCGUGAGCGUCUGUUGAACAAUAAUGCAAAAGAACCUGGACGCAGUGAGCCGGAAUACCGACUUCCUCCGGCUAUUGUAGGUGGCAUUCUUAUUCCCAUUGGGCUUUUUUGGUUUGGUUGGACUACCUACUCGAGUAUUCAUUGGAUAGUGCCCAUCAUUGGAUCUGCUGUAUUUGGGGGUGGGUUGUUGCUGGCAUUUACCGGCAUUUUUACAUUUCUUGUCGAUGCUUACCCACAAUACGCCGCGUCUGCCCUGGCCGCUAAUGGCUUCGCUAGGUGCACGUUCGCAGCUGCAUUUCCACUGUUUGGUAGCCAGAUGUACGACAAGCUCGGCUAUCAGUGGGCAACCAGCCUUCUGGCAUUUCUAACAGUUGCCAUGAUGCCAUUCCCAUGGCUAUUCUUUAAAUACGGAAAGGCGCUGAGAGCCAAGAGCAAAUUUGCUCUGCUGGACUGA